AUGACCAGCGUGCGGCGCGUCGGUGUGGAGAAAGGACAUCUGCCUCGUCACCAGGACCCCGAGGACCGGACCGGCUUUCGCCGAUUCAUGUCUUUCGGCCGGGCAGUCCGCGACUAUUUGGACUACGCAGAUGGCAAGCACGCGAGUUUAACCUGCGCCGCAACUAGAGUGGAGAACCUGAUGAAGGAUGCACAGGCGCAGAGUAAAGAAGAAGAACGAGACAUGAAGCAGAGGCUGAAGGCAACGGCUGAGCAAUUUAGUCGCGCUUGCGCUGAGAGGCCUCUUGUUUUUGACAGACGGAACUUUCAGCAAAUGGAUGAGCUCCUCAGAAAUGGGUCAGAAGGGCACAGGGAUGAGAGGCGACGGGCAGAAGGCUUGCUGAUCCAGCAAGCAGAUGAGCUACAGCCGCAGUACCGUUUUGUGAAAACCAUCUUGCCCUUGGUGGCGCGCUGCAUCGGCCAGGAGCUUGGACAGCACCAUAAGUUGGAGUGUGCUGGCUCUAGCCGCACGCGCACGGGAAUCCCCGGCAGCGACAUGGACAUGUACAUCAUCUCUGAUUCGCCGGUGACCAAAGACAAGAUGCGAAAACUCGCGGCGUGCUUGCACCAUCGGGCGGCCAGCUUCAACACAAAUCGCACAGUACUCCCUUGGAACCCUGCGCCAAUAGAAGGUUUCCGGUGCAGGGGGCCGAAAGGGAACCACAAGAAGCCUUCGGGAAUUCAUGUUGGCCGGAGCCCGAGGGGCUCGGCGCUGAGGUUGUCAGCUCAGGACGAAACCUACGAUAUCUUGCCCGAGCAGCCAGCCGAACUACUGCCAGAUUUUCUGCAGGAGAGACAUUACAACACCAGAGGAAACUGCCAGCAAGUAGCCAACCUGGAGGAGAAUGACUGGUUCUACAACAGACGCGGUCUCCAACGCGGUGUACGCUUCACCAGGUACUACUGCAGCAACAAGUACAAUGGUCCCGGCGAUGUUAGAGAGUGGGCGAUCAAGCAAGUGCUCAUCCGGCGUUUGGUGCAUCAGAUCUCUGUCGUGGAGGGCUUUGAGCCCGAGUACAUGGACCGGACUGGUGUGCUGACAUUCCUUUCCCACUGCGAUCGGUCAAACAUGAGUCCGGGCCAUGCAUUUCGCCGACUCCGCGACCCUGGCCUGGCGGACAUCGAUUGA